GAGGAACUUACCUUUAACACCUAGGCAGCAAUGGAGGGCAACAGCAAAAUAACCUGUAUUGUUCUGAGAGUUACUUGGAUUCCACUGAUCAAAAAUUCAACUGAACUUUCUAAUCAGACAUGACAUCAUUCCCAUUGUUGUUGUUCCUGGCUGCUAUGCUGCCCCUAUCCCUUCAAGAUAACUAUGAGAAUCAAGUCCUUGAGGAUUUGUCAACUGAUAAUGAGUCAACCCAAGAAGAGAUUGUAAACAAACACAAUGACCUGAGACGAAAGGUUGAUCCACCUGGUAGUGACUUACUGAAGAUGGAGUGGAACAGUGAGGCCCAAAAAAAUGCACAGGCCUGGGCAGACAAGUGCACUCAUCAACAUAGUCCUCAAGAAUACAGGACUAUCAAAAACUUAAAAUGUGGUGAAAAUCUCUUCAUGGCAUCUUACCAAGCACCAUGGUCUGAGGCUAUCCAAAGCUGGUAUGAUGAAUACAAAGAUUUUAAGUUUGGUGAAGGGCCAACAACACCGGGUGCAGUAGUUGGACAUUAUACUCAGCUAGUUUGGAAUACCACUCACCAAGUGGGAUGUGGAUUCGCUGUGUGCCCUAACCAGUCAUUGAAAUAUUACUACGUUUGUCAAUAUUGUCCUCCUGGCAAUUUUGUGAACAGGCUAUACACCCCGUACACAGUAGGAAAACCAUGUGGCAGUUGUCCUAAUCACUGUGACGAUGGACUGUGCACAAACAGGUGUUACUAUGAAGAUAACUAUUCUAACUGUCCAUCUUUGAAAGCAUCGGUAACCUGUGAACAUGAACUGACUAAAGAAGGCUGCAAAGCUACAUGCCUCUGUGAAGGCAAAAUUCAUUAAAUUUCUAGUGCACGAGACCAGGGCCAUGUGCAGGAUAACCUCCUCCCCACCUUAGUCUUUUCACAGUCCACCAGGAAAUUCUAGGUAUAAUACACUCAAAUGAUUCCAAACAGUAAAGAUUCAUUUUUUCUAUAUCAUCUCAUUUAGCAGAAAUAAGUUAUAACCAAAUAUUUUAAAAUAACAAAAUCAGUAAUACCUUUGGGUCUUGACCGCUGAAUUCUGUGACGAAUUGAAGCAGUUCACUCAAACCCAAGAUCAUAUGUAGUUUGUCUGUAUGACUAAGGUCACUAAAACUCUGUCUUGGGAACAAUAAUCAGGUUCCCAGAACACAAUGAAGUAAAGAA